UAUCCGGGUGCGAGGAGAGUCACUUCCGGCCAUUGAAUCGCUCAGUAGCGCCGUUUCUUUCACCGAGCGCCGGAGCGGCCUGGUCUGAGGCCUCCGCACCGAGCUCAAUUUUUUUCCUCUCCCCGUUGCCGGGGUUGCCGGUCUGUGGUCCCGGCCGGUUGGCCUGACGCCCCUGCCCCGCCGCCAUGAAGCUCGUGAGGUUUCUAAUGAAAUUGAGUCAUGAGACUGUGACCAUUGAACUGAAGAAUGGAACACAGGUGCAUGGAACAAUCACAGGAGUGGAUGUCAGUAUGAAUACGCAUCUUAAAGCUGUGAAAAUGACACUGAAGAACAGAGAGCCUGUACAGUUGGAGACAUUGAGUAUUCGAGGAAAUAACAUUCGAUACUUCAUUCUGCCAGACAGCUUACCUCUGGAUACCUUGCUAGUGGAUGUUGAACCAAAAGUCAAAUCCAAGAAAAGGGAAGCAGUUGCAGGAAGAGGCCGUGGCAGAGGUCGGGGCAGAGGCCGUGGCCGUGGCAGAGGAAGAGGGGGACCUAGGCGAUAACUUCUCUCACGCCACAGAUACAUGUUACAAAAUUCUAAGCAGUCUGAUAUUUUUUGUACAGGUUUUGUUUACAAUGUCGAUUUUUAAUAAACACAAAUGUGGAAAAGUU